GAUUUUUGAGCACUGGGGACCAAGCAGCAAAAGGAAACUAUGGCCUCCUUGACCUAAUUCAAGCUUUGCGAUGGACUAGUGAAAAUAUUGGGUUCUUUGGUGGUGACCCAUUAAGAAUAACUGUUUUUGGAUCUGGUGCAGGCGGUUCAUGCGUCAAUCUGUUGACUUUAUCCCAUUAUUCUGAAGGUAACCGUUGGAGCAAUUCAACCAAAGGACUUUUUCAAAGAGCAAUAGCUCAAAGCGGAACAGCUCUCUCCAGCUGGGCAGUUAGUUUUCAGCCUGCAAAAUAUGCCAGGAUGCUGGCUACAAAAGUUGGUUGCAACAUGUCAGACACUGUAGAAUUGGUAGAAUGUCUACAGAAGAAGCCUUAUAGAGAACUUGUCGACCAGGACAUUCAACCAGCAAGAUACCAUAUAGCCUUUGGACCAGUAAUCGACGGCGAUGUGAUACCAGAUGAUCCUCAGAUAUUGAUGGAACAAGGAGAAUUCCUCAAUUAUGACAUCAUGUUGGGAGUUAACCAAGGGGAAGGGUUAAAAUUUGUUGAAAAUAUUGUGGAUAGCGAAGAUGGCAUAUCAGCUAGUGAUUUUGACUUCGCAGUUUCUAAUUUUGUGGAUAACUUAUACGGAUACCCUGAAGGCAAAGAUAUAUUGAGGGAAACAAUUAAAUUUAUGUACACGGACUGGGCAGAUCGACACAAUCCUGAGACCAGAAGGAAAACACUGCUGGCUUUGUUCACUGAUCACCAGUGGGUUGCACCCGCAGUGGCUACAGCAGAUCUUCACUCAAAUUUUGGAUCGCCUACAUAUUUCUAUGCCUUCUACCACCAUUGCCAGACAGAUCAGGUACCUGCAUGGGCAGACGCAGCCCAUGGAGAUGAGGUUCCUUACGUACUAGGAAUCCCCAUGAUUGGUCCUACUGAAUUAUUUCCUUGUAAUUUCUCCAAAAAUGAUGUCAUGCUAAGUGCAGUGGUGAUGACAUACUGGACAAACUUUGCAAAAACUGGUGACCCAAAUCAACCAGUGCCGCAAGAUACAAAAUUCAUCCAUACAAAACCAAAUCGUUUUGAAGAAGUAGCAUGGACCAGAUAUUCUCAGAAAGACCAACUGUAUCUUCACAUUGGAUUAAAACCACGAGUUAAAGAACAUUAUAGGGCCAAUAAAGUGAACCUUUGGUUGGAACUGGUACCUCAUCUGCACAAUCUUAACGACAUUUCACAGUAUACCUCUACCACAACUAAAGUGCCAUCAACUGAUAAUACUUUCAGACCAACAAGGAAAAAUUCUGUUUCUGUUACUUCAGCCUUUCCUACAGCCAAACAAGACGAUCCUAAACAACAACCAAGCCCGUUUUCAGUGGAUCAAAGGGACUAUUCAACAGAAUUGAGUGUUACUAUUGCAGUUGGUGCAUCUUUGCUGUUCCUGAACAUUUUGGCCUUUGCAGCGUUGUACUACAAAAAAGACAAGCGGAGACAUGAUGUUCACAGGAGAUGUAGCCCACAACGUACUACUACCAAUGAUCUCACCCAUGCACAAGAAGAGGAGAUAAUGUCCCUCCAAAUGAAGCACACUGACUUGGAUCAUGAAUGUGAGUCCAUCCAUCCACAUGAGGUGGUUCUUAGGACCGCCUGUCCCCCAGACUACACGCUAGCUAUGAGAAGGUCUCCUGACGAUAUUCCCUUAAUGACACCCAACACCAUCACAAUGAUCCCCAACACUAUACCAGGGAUUCAACCCCUACACACAUUCAAUACAUUUACUGGAGGACAGAACAAUACUCUGCCCCAUCCUCAUCCCCACCCCCAUUCACACUCAACAACCAGGGUAUAGCCAGACAAGACGAAACAAACUUUAUUUUUUGAUGGAUUACAGUAGGUGAUGUUACUGAAGAUUACUUGGCUUUCAACCUACAAGACUCUUACUAUUUAAAUAUGGAGGAAUAUUAUGUGAAUAUACAUAUCAAGAACUUUUGGGGUUUUGAAAAAAAUGAAUUGUACAUAUAUCAAAUGAACUUAAACAAACAAACAAAACAAAAGAAAAAAACAAAAAACCCAACUGUUUGCAAUUGCUUGAAGCAGUUGUCCUGAAUGAUACUUUUUCAUUCACAUUCAAGUAUUAAUUUUUUGAAGAUUUAAGUUACAUAAUGGAAUUAGGCAUGUGCAACACAAACAGGAGAGAACUAUGACUGAAAAUUUUAAAAACCUAUAAAUAUGCACAAGGGACACACUAAUGGAAUGUCAGAUAAUUUUCACCAAUUUUUAUUUGGACCUGUUUUCUUGUGUAGACCAUAUUUACAUAUUUGAAUAAGUACACAAAGCACCAAUGCUGUUAAGGCCUUAGAAAGGGGCCCAUGCUGAAACCUGCCAGUCAGAGAAGUUUUACAGCCUGGCAGGUACAACAUUAUCACAUAAGUGCUGUCAGUAUAAAAGUUGUGGGAAUAAAGGAAACUGGAUAUUUUUAGCACGAUGUGCAUGAUAAUUUAUAUGCUUGGUGGCUGUGCUGCUGAUUAAGCCGUAAUUAAAAUUCUUCUCAUCCCAUUGGAGUUUUUAAUAGAAGCUUUCUCCAUCAAUUGGCACAACCUAAAGAAGUUUUUUAAAGGGGCAAAAGUAAUUACAGUAAAAUAAUUCAUGGUAGCUUCAGAAGUAGGAGGAAUUGCAACAGUUCUUAAAGGUAUUUAUGGCAUUCUAUGUAUACAGUGGUGAACCCUCGCUGAUACGAAUCCCAGACAAAAAAAUCUGUAUUAUUAAUGUUUUUUUUCCUUUCCACCUAAAUAAUUUCUAACUUUAACAUGCCUAUAACUUUAAUGGAUUCUCCUAUGAUGAAGGAUUUAUAAUUUGCUGUGAUUUAGUUACGAUAUAUUUAGUUCAAAUUGGUAAGGUAAAGUGUGUCCAAAAAUUUAAUUGCAAUGAUAUUUUGCAAUAUAAAAAUGCCCCAAUAUUACUGCUCUGAUUACACUUUUCAGUUUAUUGUUUAAACUCAUGUUGCAUGUUACAAAGUUUACUUAUAAUACUUUAAUAUAAAGUUAAUUCCCUUUUUGCUGUACAUCAGCUUUGCCAUGCAAAUGAAUUCUCUAGACCAGAUGGCAACAGUGUAGAAAAAGAGGGUAUGUAAGAAUGGGGAGAGAGCCAACAACUGGAAAUCAUAAAAUCUGAAUACUACGUAUGUUUGUGUGAUUUGAAAUGAAUGCUCUAAAAUCACAAGAAAUUUUUCAUUCCCCUGUUGCUUUCCAGUAAUUACAUACCAUGGUCCUUUCAAAUUGUUUGUAUAUGUAAUCAGAUGUACAUUUAUAUAAAAGAAAUAAUUGAGAUGGACUUAAGAGCACAUCCCUGAUAAAUACUUUCUCUCUUACCUGUACUAUAUUUCUAUUAGACUAAAGUUAUGUGAUUUUUUUUUUACAUUUUUUCAAAUUACUAGCAAUUUUGAUAGUUUGUAAGAUAAUGCGAAGAACUUUCUCUGACAAACUAACUGCAGUAACAGAAACAUUUCUUUUCAGUUACUCUUUUUCAAGAAUGAAAGCUUAUUACACACAAAAAUUGUAUACUACUUGAUGGAAAAUUACUUUGUACUUCUUGGCCAUAUUACUGGUCACUGAGUGAAAUAAAGAUAAUCUGGAUAACGAA